GUUUUUUUUUAAACAUUUACUUAUAUUUUAUACACAUAAAAAUGUUGUGUAUUAGAUGUUACCUAUUGUGCUAAUGUUCAUCAAUGCUGUUGGUUAAAAAUACUAAGUAUUUAUUUUGAUAAUUUAACUUUUAAGGUAACAGCAGAAUGAGUACUAUAGAUCAGAAUGUGAAAAUUAUUGCUGAUAAAAUCACCACGCCCAAGAAUAAUGACAGCAAUAUAAACAUUAAAACUAUAAUUAGUAUAGAUAAAAAUAAAACUAAUGAUGAUGGUCAAAAUAAAUUAAUUGAAAACAAUAGGAAUACGGAAAAUAAAAUCAUAGUUGUUGAGUAUGAAAAAUAUCCAGUUUCGAAUCUUUUAUGGAGAGAUUUAUAUCCUCAAGUGUUGGCUAGUUGUAUAUCUUUAUUGAUGGUUAUCCAACCGGGAAUACAUUUAGCCUAUUCAAAUAAUAUGUUACAUCAUAUACCAUCAAUAAAUAAAGAACAAUUUUCAUGGAUAACAAGUAUUUCGGUUUUGUGUACACCCGUUGGAGCGUUCUUUGUCGGUCUGGUGAUGGAUAAGAUUGGUCGGAAAAACUCGUGUCUCUUAACUUGCUUACCAUUACUCGCGUCGUGGACAACAGUGACUAUUUCGAGUUCAGAUAACAUCUAUGCGUGUUAUGCCUUUAGGCUUUUGGGCGGGAUCGGUGCAGGGAUGACUACAGUGGGCUUAGUGUACGUAUCGGAAAUCAGUCACCCGUCGUACAAGCAGGUAUUGUUGUCUCUUAAUAGUGUUUUCUUUUCUGGUGGCAUACUGCUCUCAACUUGUUUGGCGGAUCUGGAAUGGAAAGUCAUAAACUUAUCUUUCGUCAUCUUCACAAUAGUCAACAUGGCGCUCAUAAUAAUUUAUUUGCCAGAAAGUCCGAUCUGGAUUCUGAAGUUUAAAAGUUCCGAGCACGUUGAUAAAGCUAAAAUGGCGGUGAAACAUAUUUAUCCGAACGAUAAUCAGGUGUUCGAAGCCGAGUGGAGGCGCUUGAAAUCGGCGUCGGACGACACUGCAGACCCGGACGUCCAUCAACGGUCGUUCGUCCAGUCCCUUCGGUCCGAUCCCGCGGCGUACAAGCCGAUGGUCAUACUGACCGUGCUACUGCUCCUCCAGCAACUGUCCGGCGCCUACUCGGCUAUAUCGUACGCGCUUCCCAUACUCAAGUCGGUGGUGCCCGCCGCUUAUCCGCCGGCCAUUGUGAUUCAAUCGCUGGCCGCACUAGGCGUCGUCAGGUUCGCGUCCGGCUUGCUGGCGUGCGCGCUGUCGUUGCGCGUGGGCCGAAAACCGAUGCUGGUGUUCUCGUGCGUGGCCAUGGCGCUGUCGUCCGUCCUGGUGGCGGCCACCCACUAUAGCCGGGACACGUCCACCGUACCGUGGCCGCUUUUCGGCGUCAUGCUGUUCGUGUUCAGCAGUUCCGUCGGCGUGCUCGUGUUCCCGUGGACGAUGAUCUGCGAACUCCUGUCCACGCCCGUCCGAGCGGUCGGCGGCUGCAUACUGGUGUCGUACGCUUACCUGAUCAUGUUCGCCACGUUCAAGGUGUUCCCGUACAUGUUUGCCGUCGUCUCCGUGCCGAACCUGUUCCUUGUGUUCGGCGUUGUGUCCACGUCCAUGGCCGUAUACGUGCACUUCGUCGUGCCUGAGACGUUGGGCAAGAGCUUUCGAGAAAUAGAGGACUACUUCUCGCGAUCGAGCAAACCGCCGCAAAGCUCAUUCGCAGCAAAGCGAUAACAUAAUAUUGUACACGCUCCCUGAGUCCUACGUUCGGUGAACGUUUGAAACCGCAAUCCACCCCUCCUCGUCCGCACUGUGGAUGGAGUUAUGAGACGGCGAACUCACUUGUAAUCACUAAAGGUACUUUCAUAGAGUUUUGUAUACGUUUUUCUCUCUAUCUCCACAAUCUCAAUCUCACUCUCUCUCUCUCUAUGAAUAUAUAUGUGUGUUUACAAUCAAUAAACAGUUUAUAGUUUAGAUAAUUAUUCUAGCAAACAUUAAUUGUUCUAAUUCUUGCCCUUGCAUUUUAACUUAAAAACAUGUAUACGUAUAC